AUGUCUGUCCCAUUUGGUAAAGAGUUCAAAAAGAAGUAUUUCUCGAACCAAGAUGCCGAGUUUAUCAAUGUGAACCACGGUGCUAUGGGUGUCACACCUGAUCCAGUCCUCGAAGUUUAUUGUGAAAACUUUAAAUCGAGUCAGUCGAAUUUCGACAAGUACCUUCGUUUUGACCAAAGAAAUGAGUACAUUGAAGCCUUGAAGGCCUUGAGUGUGUCUGACUUACUCGAUUGUGACUAUAAAUCUUUAGCUAUUGUUGACAGUGCCACUGCUGGUGUAAACACUGUACUCAGAUCUUAUCCAUUCAAGGCUGGCGAUAAGGUAAUUUACACUACGACCACAUAUGGUGCAUGUAAGAAUAUUGUUAAAUUUAUUGCAAAGAGAAUUGGAAUUGUCCCCGUAGAAGUCAACUUGCAAUACCCUUUGACUCAGAAGGAGAUUGUUGAGAAAUUUGAGCAAGUAUUCAAAACAGAGGGCCCCAUCAAGAUGGCCCUCUUCGAUACUGUUUCCUCAAUGCCGGGAGCAAAACUUCCCUAUGAAGAAAUUACACAAUUAUGUCGUCAAAAUGAUUGUUUGUCCUUAAUUGAUGGUGCUCAUGGAAUUGGUUUGGUUCCGGAAUUAUCUUUGCUGAAGCUUAAACCAGACUUUUUUGUUUCCAACUUACAUAAGUGGCUUUCUACCCCCAAAAGUUGCUCUGUGUUUUAUGUAGAUCCUAAGUACCAGAACAUCAUUCAUCCUUUAUCUGUUUCACAUUCAUAUUUGGACGAUGACUUUGAGCCAGAAACCAAGGAAUUGAAAGAUAUGAGAUUCAUUGAUACAUUUUGGUUUGCUGGUUCUCUUAACAAGGCAUCAAUUGCUUCAAUUAUUCCUGCCAUUCAAUUUAGAAACGAAAUUUGUGGGGGAGAGAAAGCAAUUCAAAAGUACGCUAAUGAUUUAGCUUGGGAAUCUACGAAAGUGAUCUGGAAUGAAUAUGACAGGGAAUUGUUCGGCGCUGAUAAAGAGUCAGUAACUGCUUUGUUGAAUAUUGAAGUUCCGAUCUCUUCUUGGCUACCUGAGGAAACCCCAGCGAGUGUUUCCACUUGGUUGAAGGAAAUUGAAAAACAAAUUUGCUUCAAGUACAAUACCUUCGUCCCAUUCUUCUAUCAUGGUGGUAAGGUUUGGGCUAGAUUUUCUUACCAUAUGUAUAAUGAGUUGGAAGACUACAGUUAUGCUUCUAAGGUUACUGAAAAGGCAUUCAAAGAUUUUUUCAAGAAUAUCCAAUAUUACAAGAAGGCACCAAAGAGUGGAUCCAUCUUCUUGGUUGUCGAAGAUUUAGAAAACUUAACUAUUUAA